GUCCGCGAGCUCGCGGCGUGCGGACGUGUGGUCUGUGAGCCGGUCUCCCGCCGACACGAUACAGGCGUGUUUUCACCGGGUAUUAAUGAAAAUUUGAUGAAAACUCCGUUUUGACGGCACCGUACGUCAUUACACGGGCAUAGACUGUGUCUCUAAUUAAACUUUGUGUGGAACAAGGAUCUGAGUGUAUAAUGAAACCGUUGCAAACACGGUGAGUGCAACGUUUUCAGUGCCAAUUUCAGGUACAAAGGUGAAAUGUUGUGACAUCAACCACUAUGCCUUAGUGUUGUGACAGUGUCGAUAGCCGAUAUCGAUAUGGCGCGGUUGUUACUAGUGAUGUUGCUGCCGGCACUGGCCGCAGCGGCAGCCGGUGAUAAUGACGUGUGCAACCCGGAUAAAAUGACUGUGUAUAAAAUGGUGUUGCAUACAUAUUGGACGAGAGAAAAGUUCCCGAAACAUUACCCGGAUUGGAGACCGCCUGCUCAGUGGUCGAAAGUUUAUGGUGUAUCACAUGACAGAUCAUACACGUUGUUCCGGCUGGGGACGCGAGUGUCGAGCUCCGUUCGACAAUUCGCCGAGAUGGGCCGGUCUGACGCGCUGGGCUCGGCCCCGGGAACGCUCGACGUUUUCGGGGCACCCGCUGUUGGACAGGGGGCUGGGAGAACUGAGGCCGAGUUCUUUGUUGAUGGCAAUCAUUCUAGGGUGUCAGUUAUGGCUCGCAUGAUACCGUCUCCUGAUUGGUUCAUUGGAAUCGACAGCUUCGACCUCUGUGUCGAUGGGAACUGGCUGGACAGCAUCACUAUUGAGGUGGAUCCCUUAGACGCAGGAACUGACAACGGGUUUACGUUCACCGCCCCCAAUUGGCCCACCGCACCACAAGGAGUCGCAUACCGCAUCACGUCCAAAUAUCCAUCACACCCAGCUGGUUCCUUCUUCUACCCACAUCUACGAAGAUUACCGCCUAUUGCCACGUUCCAGUUUAUAAAGCUACGCGAAUAUGAACUCUCAGAGGUAUUCCACCGCAACACAGACGAUAGAAGAUACGAUGUACUACAACUUGACAAGAUGAACCAUAAUAACAUAGAUGUAUUGGAUGGGAACAGAGCAUUAUCCAUCGCAGAGGAAGUGGAGAGAGCUGAGCAGGCACCCAGGAUAUAUUCUGAAGGAUCCAUGACUACACCUGAUGGAGCUUAUUCGUAUUAUUCUAUAACGAACACGACAUCGAGUACGACCGAAGAGCCUCGUUCGGCUAACGAGCUCCCGACUUCGGCUCCUGCCGCCAGCGAGAGGUCAGCCCUUCGGAGCCUGGCCCGUAGAUACAGGGCCAGACGGCGACGCAAGCUCCGCGCCGAUAGCACCGACCCGGCUGAGCGGAGGAAGCGGAAAAGAGCUAGACUGUUAGACUGUCGGGUAUCAGAAUGGAGCGAAUGGAGCCCAUGUCGCAGUGACGGUGGUUGUGUAGGCUCAGCUAUGCGUACACGCCGAAUAAUCAGACGACAAAGGCCAGGAGGUGCGCCAUGCCCGCCCACCGCCCUAACAAGAUGGUGCGCCACCAACUGCUCCACACCACAACCACACGAAGACUGGCGGACUAAUCUCACGUAAUUCUAAAUUCGAAUUCGUUUUUCGAAUUUUCUUUUCUUUUUUAUUUAUUGUACCUAUUUAGAGUUGGUUUUGUUGAUGAUGUAAAUUGUUUUGUGCCAGUGUUUGAUCUAUGUUCUAUCCAAAGAUGGGAUAGGUCCAUCAAUCAAAUGUUAGAUCAAACUUGGCUCCAAACCAUGUAUUUAUGAUAUCAUUAACAAGACCCAAUUCUUCUUUAGCCACAUUCUAAUACAUUAAUUAAAACCUUCCUUUAAUCUAUUUAUAAUGACUGUUUAUUAUUUUAGCAUCUGUGUCUGUCCGUCCAAAUAUAAUUUUGUUUCGAUUCCAUUCAUUCGUUUCGCAUUUCAAUUUAUUUUGGAUGUAAAUUGGUGUGGCGUGUAAAAAUAUAAUAAAAAAUGUUGUAUAAAAUAAAAAUAGUAAGAGAUGACUGUCAAUGUUGGAAAAUAAUAGAUAGUAUUCGAUUCUUUGUCGCUGUACCUAAUUGAGCUUCUUUUCGUUUCGUUUGUUGGUCAAUUAUUGUUAAGAGUGACUAAGAUUUAGGAUAAAACAAAACACAUGCCGUUAUUCACUUCGUCAUUGUGGGGCCACACUAACGUUUUACGUCAAUGCCCAUUAUAAGUAAUAGCAUGUUCCGUUAAUGUGGCCCUAACAUAACUAGUAACAUCAUUUAAAAAAAGAAUGCUUUUGCAAAUUAAAAAAAGAAUGCAAACUAAAACCUCUUCCAAAAUUAUUUAAAUCGAUGCUAUCUAUCCAGAAACAUAAUUAUUAUAACAGAUUUAUUUUCUAAAAUACUAUUCUGUAAAAUUAAUUAUUACAGAUUUUCGCUCUAGUACAAAACGAUGUCGUGUCUUACACUAAUGAGAAUAAACAUAUAAAUAAAUAAUAAAUGUAAUAUGUACAAUUUUAAUUUAUUAACAAUAUAUCCAUAAUCCAUUUUCAAUAUUUCUACUCUUAACAUUAUAUCCCUGACAAUACUUUGGGAAGUUAAUAAUAGAAAAAAAAAACAUACAUAUCGUUUACUUAAGUAUUUAACUUUGUGACAGUAAUUCAAUAAAAUGUGUAGCAAUUAUUUUAGUGUUAAAAAUAUCCAAAGAUGCAGCUUUUUAUUUUUCAUACAAAUAAGUGUAAAAAUCUUUUAAUGAGAAAUAAAAAUGAAGAGACUUCUCAGACCGCGUUCGAGGGAGAGGAGUUUAUUUAUUUUUAUCUACUGAUAAGUAUUAUAGUAAGUCUGUACUUAGAUAAGUAUAUAAUAGACAUUUACAAAGCCUUCUGUGAAACUAUGAAUUUCAUUUGAGAUUUUAAUUAUUAUGAACAUUUGGGAUUACAGUGCUUAGUAGAUGUUGUAUAGUGCCAUUCAUAGAAGCAGAGGAUUGUUAAAAGACGAGUUAGCAUUUCUCAUCAUUCUUUUAUAUUGUACGAAAGACUCCACUCUGCUUCGUUUUCAUUAAAAUGCGAUUGUAAUAGCAUUUCUGUUACACCAAUUUAGUGUUUAAAAAAUCUCAUUAUAGAAAACUCUUUAGCGAUUUGCUUUGAAUGCCAAAGAACUAAGUUAGACUUAAUUUUCAAUCGAUAUUUCUCGAAGAUCGAUUCACACAUUGUGAUUAAAUAAAUUGUUUAUCUUAAGAACUCUACUCAACUAAAACUGUUUUUAUUUUGCUCAAAAUUAUUUUGUAGUUUAAAGUAAUGAAACGAGAGUGCAUUCGGCGCUCUGAUUGGCCGGCUCGAAUAAACCAACCAACCACCAAUCAUAAAUUAAUUGAUGUGUGAAUCGAUCUCUUACAAUAAGCAAAGAGAACGUCAAAACAUCUAGUUAUUUAAAUUUAAAGCUAUAGUUAAACUGUAAAAUAGAGCCAAAAAGCUAAAAGUGUUAACCUUAGCGUAAAACUUGGAGUAUGUGUAUUUUUUACAAUGUAAAUUAUUCUGAUUUCAGUAAUAAAACAUCUUGAAUAAAAA